AUGGUUCGUUUCUCAAAAGAAAUUUCGUAUCAAGAUGCUCAACCUCAAAGUACAAUUCUUAAACCUAUGCAAGGAAUGUUUCGAAAGGGAGUUCAAUACAACAUUAAUCGACUACAAGGAGACGCAUUUAAAGAAGAUUAUGUCACAACAUCACAAAUUCAAGUUGCAAAUAUACAAUGGAAUUAUAAUCAGACAAAUGAUGUCAUCAAAGUGGAAAUCUGGGAUGUAGUUGAUAAGGGAAUUAAUCCAACGUCUAGUAGUAAAAGACCUAAUUUAUCAAAUGGCACUGGACUAAAGAUAGAAAAUGAUCAAGUCGCAUCAACUUCACCCGUACAACAGGCAACAGAAUUAUCACCGGAUCAACUUACACUGGAUGCAGCAACAAUUAAUGUAUAUCGAAAUACUCACGGUAUAAUAUUAUUGUUUGAUAUAACAAAGACUUGGACAUUUGAUUAUGCUAUUAAAGAAUUAAAAUCGAUCCCAGUGAAUAUGGCCGUAUUGCUUUUAGGUAAUUUUAGUGAUCUAAGUUCGCAACGUGCGAUCCCACAAUCACAAGUUUAUCAGGCUAUAGCAGAUUGUAAUAGACUUAGAGUGACUGAAUAUCCUACAGCAAACAUGGUUCGUUAUGUUGAAACAAGUAUGCUUAACGGAUUUGGACUGGAAUAUAUACAUAAAUAUUUUGGAGUUCCUUUCUUGCAAUUACAGAGAGACAUACUUCGACAACAAUUGGAAUUAAAGACAAAAGAAUUGGCUAUCCUUUUAGAUACACUUGAUAAUUGUGAACAAAUUCCAAGUUCUGCUCGAAAACUGCACAGUAUAUCAGAUAAUGUUGAUAAUGUUCCGGAAUCUAAACGUAUAUUUCAUAAACUUGAAAUGGAACAAGAUAUGUUGGUGCAAGAAAAAUCAUCUAUAAAAGAUCAAUGGGAUAAAGAUUAUCAAGAUUUUUCUCUACAAGAAUCUGGUGGUGAAAUUACGGGCGAUAUUGUAGAACCAAUAUCACCAAAGUUAAAUUUAGCUCAAAGCACUUCAACUUCGUUAAAAUCUAAAGGGCCUAAAGCAGCAACACCUAAUAUAGCUAUCAUUGAAGAAUUUGAUGCAGGACAACUUGAAGAUGAUUUCUUUGAUGAUACUCCUGAUCCAAGUUUUGCUCAACCCCCUAAUCAUCCACCUAAAGUUGAGGAACAGGAACAAGAUGAUUUGGAUUUAUCAAAUCCAAUGGUUACUGCUGACGAGGAUCUUGUUGGAGAUGUGUCGAAUGAUAUGGAAGAAACUGAAGAUGGUAAUAAAACUACGAAUAUUCGUCAGCCACCCAGCUUUAAUGAUGAUCUGAACGAUGUUUGGAAACGCCAAAAUAGUAAUGCUUCUGCUCUUAUUGUUAGCGAUAGUAGCGAUGAUGAUUUAAUAACAGGUGCAAAGCAGAUGAACUUACUGGAACGUAGGCCUUCGAAUGCAGCUUCUCUAAUUGAAAAAUCACGAUUGAGUCAAGAAUUAAGAGCCCUAAGAGAAGAAAGUAACUUUUUAGAUCCUGAAACAUCCAAAUAUCCGGAACAUGUUUUAUCAAUGAUUAAUAAUCCUUAUUUGGAAUCAGAUAACAUGGGAGUAUCAAACUCAUCACAAGGACAUCAUACUUUUGUAGAUUCAUCUUUUGACAUGGAAGAAUAUACACCUAUGACUUUCGGAACCCCAAGUGCAUAUGAAGAGAUAGGUGAAGGUCAAGAUAAUCCUUGGUUGGAAAGAGAAUCGAAUCAACAAGUUAAAGAUACGAACGUUUCUUCAACUACUCAUCAAUCACGUAAAGAAAUAUUUUUCAAUUCUCCAGUAGGACAAAAUUCCUCAACAGAUCAUCGAAAUCGUAAUUCAGAGUCGGCAAAAGGUGAAAUGCAUAAUCAACACCUUCACCUACAUCACCCUAAAUCAUUUGAUGAGGAAUUAAUAUCGUCUUCCCCAUGGGGAGGAUUGGAUAAAUCAAAUAUACAAAGUUCACAAAAUACAGAGGAUUCAUUAUUGGAUACUUAUAUCAAAAAUGAAGUAAACGGUGGAGUAAAUAUCAGAGAAAAGAAAACUAGUUCUAAAAAGGGAGUUACAAAAUAA